UGUAUAAAUAUCUCACAAAUCACAAUCUUCUCCCACAUUAUUUACUUUCUUCAACAACCCUAUAGUUUCUUCUACGACUAUUCAUCUUUUAGCUAGCUAGCUAGGGAUUGUGAGACAUGUCAAACGCAAAGUAUACUGAUGUGGCAGAUGAUCUUGGUCCCAACAACAAUGCUCUUGCCCUUAUAGAUUAUUUUGAUGGCGAUUUUAUGUCUUACCCAAAGGAGGGUUCUACAAUUUCAUCAAUGGAGAACCAUCGUCUUCAUCACGACACCCCCAUUACUUAUCAUGUCGUGAAGGUGGACGUGGCUGACAAUUCUCUGCCUUAUAGCAUAACAAGGAAGUUGGAGAAAAUUGACGGAGUAAAUUCGGUCUCGGAGGGGCUUUAUGAAAGAAGGAUAGGACGUUGGUGUAUUUCAAAGAUAACAGUUUGUGGCGAUCAUGUAGAUCCAGUCACAAUCAUUCAGAAAAUACUUAGGUAUGCAGAGAUUUUGUCCUACAAAAUAGAAAAGAACCCUUGUGAUGAAGCCUUUAACAACCAUAUUCAGAAUGAAAAACCUGCCGCCGAGGACUUGAAAAUUUUCUAUUCUAAGAUUUCUUAUGCUGCGACGGUCGUUAACUUGUGUUGUCUGGAACGCCUUCACAGAAUAAAGAGAAAGUUGAAGAAACUUGACGGAAUAAAUUGCGUGACAAUGGAUUAUAAUGGGAGGAUAGAAGUUUCUGGUGAUCAUGUAGAUCCAGACACACUAGUAGAGACAAUAGAAAAGUUUGCACAGAUUGAUCCUCACAGAAAGGCCAAGGACAAACGUGUUGCUGCAGCACAAGGAUUCAAGAAAAAUAAAAACGUCCCAUUUGAGACUUGUGUUGUGAAGGUUCCAGGAUAUUGGAUUAUAGCAAAUCGCGAAAAAAUAAAGAAAAAGUUGUUGCAGGAAAUGAACGGAUUAAAAGCCAUCACCAUGAAUGCACGAGAAAAGACGAUAGCAGUUUCUGGUGAUAUUAUAGACCCAACCAGAGUCAUAGAGAUAAUAUCAAUGAUUUGUAGGGCACGUCGUCCAGAGCUUGUGUCCUGCAACAAGAAGAAUUCAGAUCCUGCAGAUCAUCAAGAACAAGGUCGACCGAUCAAGAAUGAUAAAUUCCUUCAAGAUGACACAAAAUUAUUCCCUGAUUAUCACGAGGGUCUUAUUGCUCUUCCAUUGAUGGAGAAGAAGCACCGUUUUGAUGGUCCCGUGACUUGUGUUUUGAAGGUACAUUGUUCAGGUUGUGUUGACGAAAUAAGGAAAACGUUGCACAAAAUAAAAGGAGUAAAUUUCGUCUUCAGCUUCUCACAAUUUGGAUUUGAUUGGAAGCUAAAAGUUUUUGGCGAUAUAGAUGUACUCACAAUCACAAACACAAUAUUGACAAAAUACAAGAGAUCAGUAUCGCUUUCCGCCUACGAUGACUGUCGUCGCCCCAAAAAGAAACCAACUGGGAUUUUGCAGCGACUGGUUUCCGCUUUCGAAACUUUGUGUGACGACUUUUGACGUCUUUGGAUGAUUAUCAUUUUGAGGAGAAUUUAUAUAUAUAUAUAUAUAACCUUAGCUUUUUAGUCACAUAUGUCUCACUCCGUGUCACAAGUACCAAAACCUAGGUGGAUGGAACCUUAC